AUGGCUUUGAUGGAGGAGGAGGGAGCGGUGUUUAUACCGGAAGGUGGUGAUGUGGUGGUAGAGGGUGAUGGGGAGGAGGAGGAGGAGACUUGGAGGAUAGUCGGGCGGUUUUUGACGCAAAAAAUGAUAAAACUGGACUUUAUGAGGCAGGUUCUGGCAUCUGUUUGGCAACCAGUACGUGGAUUACAGACUGAUAUGGAAUAUGUGCUGAAUGGAGGACCCUGGGCUUUUGAGAAUAAUGCACUUGUGUGUCGGGAGGUGUUGGAUGGGGUGAAUCCGGUGGAUGUAGAGCUGGAUAUGAUUGACAUGUGGGUACAGUUGCACGAUAUGCCGAAGGGAUACACGUCGCAUGCAAUUCUAGAACAGGCAGGGAAUUUUUUGGGCUCUUUUGUUAAACAUGAUGACCGAUUUGAGGGGGCACCAUGGUUAACGUUUCACCGUAUUCGGGUGUCAAUUUCGGUGGAUAGGCCGCUUAGAAGGAGGAUGCGGUUGAUGAAGAGAGAUGGGACUACGGCAUGGGUGAAUUUUAGAUAUGAACGGCUCCAUAAGUUUUGCUAUUUCUGUGGUUGUAUGGGUCAUUUGCAUAUUUUCUGCAUACACGCUAGGGAGGCUGGAAUUCCGGUGGAAAGGUACCUGUACGGUCCGGAUAUGCGAGCUGGUGGAUCCCGGAGCGCUCCUAGAGCGGUUGGGGAUAGCUGGCUUGUUCCGGUUGGCGGGAAACCACGACCACUGGGGGCCAGGCCACGUGUGGGUGGAACAGUGGAUGGGGGACAGGGAAGUGGGGGUGUCACACCCACGAGUAUGUCUGAGGAUGAAGUGGUGGUGGCUACGACAAAGCGUCGUAGGCAUGAGACGGAGGGGAGGAGGGAAGUGGGAAUGAGGAGGUAA